UUUCAUACCGAGAAGUGCUCAUAUAAUAGGCACAGUGAUAUGGUCCUGGGCAUUUAAAAAAAACGAAGAAGAGUUUCACUUGGCGAAGAAGUAUUCAGUGAAUAGUGAAUUAAAUUUUUAAAUUUGUGGAAGUGUGGCAAAAUGAGUGAAGAGAAAAUUGCAGCGGAAAUGGCAAAGGGCCCCCGCAUUGGAAUGCGCCAUGUCCAAACCUUCCUGCUCUUCUUCGGCAUUGUAACAGCUUAUAUGAGUCGCUUGAAUGUCUCUGUGGCACUGGUGGCGAUGACAAAUGCCGCAAGCACGAAUCCCAAUUUCCAGGAAUUCGACUGGACAGAGAAACAGAAAUCGUACAUCAUUUCCAGCUUCUAUUGGGGUUAUGUGGUAACGCAAUUUCCAGGCGGCUAUCUGAGUCGUCGCUUUGGCAGCAAAAUCGUGAUGUUCAUGUGCAUACUCGGCUCGGCUAUGUGUAGCGUACUUACGCCUUUUCUCGUGACAUGGGGCGGCUGGCAGAUUUUUUGCGCUAUACGUACCGUACAGGGUCUUUGCCAAGCAGCUCUCUUCCCGGCACUUCAUCAACAUGUAGCCAAAUGGUCACCGCCACAUGAGCGCAAUAUGCUCGGCGCACUCACAUACUCGGGCGUGGAUUGCGGCACUGUAAUGGCUAUGCUUCUGAGUGGUUUGAUAGCGGGUAGUUCAAUUGGUUGGCCAGGCAUUUCAUAUAUUUCAGCAGGUAUUUCUUUUGUUUGGUGUUUACUGUGGCUGAUAUUGGCUGCAGAUAAUCCACCAUCGUCUCGUUUCAUAACAAAAAUGGAAUGCCAGUACAUUGAGAUGUCGCUGAAACGUGACGACGAUUUCCAUAAGAAAAAAAUACCUAUACCGUGGCUUGCAAUGUUCACAUCGGUGUCAUUUCUUGCUUUGAUCAUGGCACGUUGCGCCGAAACAUGGGGCUUUAGCACCAUUCAAACCCAAAUUCCUUCUUAUAUGAAUGGUGUGUUGAAUAUGAACAUCAAAAGUAAUGCUUUGUAUUCUGCACUACCCUACAUCGCUCGCUGGAUUAUGUCGUACGUAUAUCUGUUUUGCGGAAAUAUGGCUGUGGCGAAGGGUUGGCUGACGCUGACGGCGAUGCGCAAAGUUUCCAAUACAGGGGCGUUCUGGGUGCCAGCUUUUCUUUUGAUCGGCAUCGGUUUCCUAGACGAUUCACGUGAAGCAUUGGCUAUUGCGUUAAUGACCAUUAAUGUGGGCUUCAACGGCGGCGCCACCACUGGUUGCUUGCUCACUAUGAUAGAUAUGUCACCAAAUCAUGCGGGCGUUGUAACGGGUAUUAUAAAUCCGCUGGCGAAUGUGAUACCCUUGAUUACGCCACUGGUUGUGGGUGUGAUAGUGACAGAUACGCACAAUCGUUCCGAAUGGCAAAUUGUAUUCAUAAUUUCAGCGGCCGUUUUCUUCUUCGGCAAUUUAAUAUAUAUAAUCUUCGGUACAUCCGAAACGCAGCCAUGGGAUGCACCUGAUUAUCUGUUAAAGGACAAUAUUGAAGAACCAGUAAAGGUGGCGCCGAAGAGUACAUUUAAGGAAAUUUUUGGCUCCGAUGAUAGUGAGCAGAAAGUCGCAGGUUGGGCGGUGGAGAAUUUUGCAGCUGUGGAACCAAAUAUUAAUGAGAAGGAAAACAAAAGCGAAACCACGAAUGAAGUAGAAAUGAAUAGUGUACAAAAUGAAAAGAUUUAAAUUAAGUCUAAUUUUUAAUUUAUAUUUGUAUGUGUUUGUGUGAUGUGAAAGAAAGUGCAUAGUUCAGCUGUGCUGAAUAUUAGACAACUUUCAUUUUCACGUUGUAAAAAUAAAAUCGAUAUAGACUUAGGUAUAAAUAGCUUAUAUGCUUAUAUAGCGAAACGAUUAAGAAAUUUCAUAUAAAAAAAAUCGUUAAUAUUCGUAAGGAUAAUAAAGGCUUUAUUUU